AUGGCAAGCCCAAGAGUGUUAGGGACUGCUUUCCUGGUCUUGCUUAUUUUAGACCUCACCUUUGCUGCUAGGACACUGCAGUCAAUCAGUGGAGGUGGAGGUGGAGGGCAGGGAGGAGGUGGUGGUGGUGGUUCUGGAUCAGGACUCGGGUCAGGUUAUGGUUCUGGGUCUGGAUAUGGGAGCGGUGAAGGAUAUGGUGCUGGUGGUCAUGGAGGAGGUGGAGGCAGAGCGGUGAAGGAUAUGGUGCUGGUGGUCAUGGAGGAGGUGGAGGCAGAGGCGGAGGCGGGGGCGGAGGCGGUGGCAGUGGUGGAGGCAAAGGGUCAGGUUCUGGCUAUGGGUCUGGUAGCGGCUCAGGCUAUGGUUCCGGUGGUGGGAUAG